UGAAUCAUUGAAUCGUCUCUUAUAAAAAAAACUCCGGAGUGAACCAUAAUUAAAAAGUAGUACAAAAAAAAACCUGCGGUGUGGUUGGAUCAAAUCUAAACUCUUGAGUGUGAGCACCAACCAAACACACAAACAAGAUAGGCUUAUACCAACUCAAAAACUGUCUUGUGUUAGUUCAAAUUCAAAAUCACACUUUACAUUCAAAAAUCAACAAAACAAAUCAAAAAAUGGCAUCUCUAUCCCUAUCAUCACCACCAUCUCUAUCCUCAUCAUUCUACAAUGCAUCCACACGUCUUAACCUACGCACCCCAACCUCUCUUAAACUACGCACCCGUCACUCUUCUCUUUCCAUCAGAGCCAUAACCCUCACUCAAGACGACCUCAAAAAACUCGCCGCCGAUAAAGCCGUCGAGUAUGUCAAAUCCGGUAUGGUCCUCGGUCUCGGCACCGGCUCCACCGCCGCUUUCGUUGUUUCCAAACUCGGCGAACUUCUCUCCUCCGGCGAACUCACCAACAUCAUCGGAGUUCCAACUUCAAAACGAACCGAAGAACAAGCUCGUUCACUCGGAAUCCCUCUCUCUGUUCUCGACGAUAAUCCUCGUCUCGAUCUCGCAAUCGACGGCGCCGAUGAAGUCGAUCCUUAUCUUAAUCUCGUUAAAGGUCGCGGCGGAGCUCUUUUAAGGGAGAAAAUGGUGGAAGCUGCUUCCGAUAAGUUCGUGGUGGUCGUCGAUGACACGAAAUUGGUUACCGGUUUAGGUGGAAGCGGUUUGGCUAUGCCGGUGGAGGUUGUUCAGUUUUGUUGGAAAUAUAAUUUGAUUAGGCUUCAAGAAUUGUUCAAUGAAGAAGGUGUUGAUGCAAAAUUGAGAUUGGAUGAAAGUGGAAAACCCUAUGUUACUGAUAAUUCUAAUUACAUUGUUGAUUUGUAUUUUAAGACUCCGAUUCGAGAUGCUAAUGCUGCUGGAGCGGAGAUUUCGGCGUUGGAAGGAGUUGUUGAGCAUGGUUUGUUCUUGAAUAUGGCUACCUCUGUUAUCAUUGCUGGUAAAACUGGUGUUGAAGUUAAAGACAAGUGAUUUUGAUUUUGGUAAAUUAUAUUUCUGAGUUUUGUUUUUCAUGUUGUUAAUGUACACUAGUAUUGUUUUGUUUGGGUUUAAAUAAUGGAAAUAAAAAAUAAAUAUUAUUACAGCUUCA